AUGUGGCGCCCCAACGCGCUUUGCGCGGCCGUGCUGUGGGCGGUGCUGUGUGUUCCAACAGCUGCACAGCCGGUGUCAGAUUUGCAUGGGCUUGGCCGAGAGCUGGAGCAUUUGUGGAAUCUGGUGGUGGUGCAACAGCAGUCCCGCAAUGUGCCGCAGGGCGAGGGCCCGCCGAUCCAGCGGGUUUGCCAAUAUGGACUCAGCGAGGGGACCUUGGAGUUGGCGCGAUGGAUGCUAACAGUGCCAGAGCCUCCAGUGGAGGAGCUGGACCAGCU